AUGAGCCCCACACUCCUCAGCCUCCUGAGUCUCGGAUUCUGUGUGAGUCUGAGGAUCCGGGCAGCUGUGGGUGAAUAUGAGAAGCCCUCUUUGUCAGCCUGGCCAAGCCCUGUGGUUCCCUUAGGGCAGGCUGUGACUCUUCAUUGUCACUCCGGUCCUCCAUUUGUGAUAUUCAGACUGCUCAAAAGAGAUGGGGCCCGUUUGCGCAAGCUCCAGGAACAACAGUUCAACACCUUCCCCCUUGGCCCAGUGACCAGAGAACAUGCCGGGUCCUACACAUGUUCUGGAGCCAACUUGUCUCGCUCUGUGCGGUCCAAUGUCAGUGACCCCCUGCCGAUUGUGGUCACAGGUGUGUCCACAAAACCCUCCAUCUCAGCCCACCCAGGCCCCCUUGUGCGUGCGGGAGAGAAUGUGACCCUCCGCUGUCACUCAUCAAUGCUGCUUGACAAAUUCAUCCUGCAGAAAAAAAGCAGCACAGGGCAUUUCCAGAGACGUGGAGAGAUGCUCACUGGUGGGCACGCCCCAGCUGACUUUUUCAUUGGCCCCAUGACUUUGGCAAGUGCGGGCACCUACAGAUGCUAUGGCUCUCUCAGACACUCCCCCUAUGAGUGGUCUGCCCCCAGCGACCUUGUGGACAUCAUCAUCACAGGUCCGUCCAGGAAACCCUCUCUCUCAGCCCAGGGAGGCCCCGUGGUGAGGUCAGGAGAGAACGUGACCUUGGUCUGCAGCUCCGAGAGUGCCUUUGACCAGUUCCAUCUGCUCAGGGAGGGGGAGGACCUUGGGCACCCGUUUGCUGGAGGGCAAAGCCCCCAUGGAGAACUCCAGGCAGAGUUCCCUCUGGGUCCUGGGACCCCAGCCCACAGCGGGGUCUACAGGUGCUACGGCUCCUUCACUCGCUCUCCCUACUCGUGGUCAGACUCCAGCGACCCACUGUUCCUGUCUGUCACAGGAUCCACUACAAGUACUUGCUCGUCAACCAUGGAUCCACAGACCACAGAAGAAGCACCGUCUCCUCAAGAACACUCCAGCACAUGGUACAUUGUCCUUGGGCUCUCUAUAGCCUUCACCUCUACCAGCAUCAUCCUCUCUGCUCUUGUCUGUCGCUGGUGUUCUACCCCAAAUCAUGUUGCCAUCAUGGAAGGAGAGCCCAUGGAAGACAGAACAGUGAACGGUGAGGACUCUGCAGCAGAAGACGUGAUAUACGCUCACUUGGACCUCAGGACCCUCUCCAAGAGACGGUCCACUCCCGCUCCCCUGAGGCCCAUGCACCCCUCUGCCGAGCCCAUUAUCUAUGAGGAAUUCAACAUAAACCAAGACCAUGCUGAGCCCUGA